AUGGCCUCCUUGGCCGAGCUAGGUCCUGGGCCUGGAGGUCUCGCAGAAAGAUAUCUGCGUGAGUGCGGGUCAGGAUUAUCUGACUACGCGCCGCCGUGGUCCAAACAACACGGCGGCGAACGGGUGGAGGAGCGGAGAAAAUUUCGCAAAAUGCGGCGGGCGGGUUGGGACUCCUCCACCCCAACUUUGUAG